AUGAAGAAAUAUGAAUUUCGUUAUUAAUUGUAUAUAUAUUUAGGAAAAUAUAAAUUUAUUAGCAUAGCUUUUAACCAUUUACUUUUGUUAUGAAAAUUGUGUAAUGUUUAUAUUUUCAAGAGGGCCAAGGAGAAGAUAGAUGAAUAAAGAAUGGCCAUGGAUCUAUUUUUGAAAAAAAGUAAAGGAGUUUAUAAGUAUACUAAUAAGUAAUUUAGUUCAGAUUCAUCGAUGCUAGAAGACCUUGA